AUGGCACUGUUAGAUGGUGAAAUGAAAACUGUUUUAGACAGGAAUGACACUUCCCAGGAUGAAAAAGCAAAGCUCUACAGUCAGAUAUUAGAGAACUACCUUCAUUUCAAAGGGAAGCGAAAUGUGGAAAACACUGAACCAAUCCCUGUGCAAUUGUCGGAAGAAACAAAAAUGGGAACAAAAGUCAUUAGAACCACAACGCCAGACAAUGUUGAAAGACAAAGUGUGGGGGAUAUUAUUGAA